AUGCGGGCGCUGGUGAAUAAGCUGCCUGUCGGCGAAGCGAGUGAUUACGGUGCGGUUAAGGAGCGAGUUCUCUUGGAACUCAAACUGUCGCCGGCUGACUACAGGAGGCUUUUUCUCAAAGCCACUAAAAUGGAGAAAGAAUCCUGGACUCAAGAUUCCUUGCCCGUCGACAUGCAGACCUAUGUUACGCUAAAUGAGACCGGAAAAUGGCUUAAACCAGCAGAGGUGGCUGCGCUGGCUGACCGUUUUGAAGAGGGAGAACGAUGCAAACAACGCAACAACUCUGCAUAUGCGAAAAACCGCGAGUCUGAAAAGAAAAGAGGGUCCAGUCCUGUCGGGAAAAAGCAUGAUAAGCAGAGUAUAUACCAGGACAUAAAUGUCAAUCAGAAUGGUACGCGCGCUGAUUUGCGGAGAGUGGAGGUGAAAUGCGGACCGAGGAUGGUGCAGGCGGUUAUCGAUUCCGGAGCGGAGAUUAGCGUAGUGCGUAAAGGGGUGGCGCCUGAAAUGAAGGGGUCGGCCGGAAGGGUGACACUGACUGGGGCGUUCGGGGACAGCGUGAGCGCCGUUUUACGCCAUAUACCGAUGACCCUUUCCACAAGCUACGUUGUGUAUGCCCCUCGAGAGGUGCCGCUCUUGUGCGCCGUCACUGAACAAUUGGUUAACGGCAUAGACAUGCUGUUGACGCCCGAUGACUACGACAGCCUAAAGUUGGCGUGCGGGAGGGUUGACUUGAAACCGAUGGUGGUGCUGGUGGUCUUCAACAAGGACCGACUCAAGAUGCUGGCCACCACCGUCGAUGGAGUCGGGCCCCACGACUUCGGCAUGGUGCUGCUGCGCUACUUCGUCCAGGAGUUCAAGGAGCGCUACAUGCUGGACGUGGCCACCAACUGGCGCGCCCUCAUGCGCCUCAUCACCGAGUGCGAGAGGCUCAAGAAGCAGAUGGGUACCAACCCGCACGACUGGCCGCUAAACAUCGAGUGCUUCAAAAACGACCGGGACGUUGCGGGCAAGAUGAAGCGGAAGACCUUUGAGACCAUGUGCACCGAUCUGCUAGCGCGAGCCGAGCGCACGAUGGCGUGGGCGCUGACGGUGGCCGGGCUGCGGCCGCCGGACGUGAAGUCGGUGAAGCUGGUUGGGAGUGGCAUCCGGGCGCUGGCGGUCAAGCAGCUCGUCCGCAAGUUGUUCCAGCGGUAG